ACUUAAGGUAGACCAGAUAGAAGCAGCGCAGCACACACAGAGCACUUCUUCUCAUCCUACUACUACUACCUAGCUACCUGUCAACUUCAGCACCUCUCUUCCACAAUGGUGUCUAACAUCCUCGUCAUCGGCGCCAGUGGUGGAGCCAUCGUCGCCCGUCAACUAUCCGAAUCCCUCCCGCCCACGCAUCGUCUAAUCCUCAUCGAGCGACUCAAUUUUGCCUACCACCCCAUCUCCUCUCUCCGCGGUGCCGUCAUCCCCGGCUUCGAGGAGAACAACUUUGCCUCUUUUGACAACUUCUUCGACAAGGGAUCGCGCCAUGUAGUCCUCAGCGGGACAGAAGUGACGAAGCUGGGAGAGGAUAGUGUGACUAUCUCUGGCGAAUUCGAGGAGAGCAACACGAUCCCAUUCGACUAUGCCUGUCUGGCACUGGGAGCUACCUACCCUGUCCCUGGUCGACCCAGGAGUACCUCCAAAGAGGAGGGGCUGGAGAACCAGAGGCAGAUGCAGAGGGAUAUCAAGGCUGCCAAGUCUAUUCUGGUCGUCGGUGGUGGACCAGUAGGAGUCGAAUUUGUCGGCGAAGUGAGGACACAAUACCCCAAGAGCACCGGGAAGGCUAUCACUCUCGCCACUUCUGGUGGAGAGCUCAUCCCUGGUGGAUGGAAGAAGUCGCUCGGUCAGAAGAUCCACACUUUGCUCACCAGCGAAGGCAUCGACAUCAAGUACAAUGCCAAGGUGAAUUUGCCCGAGGAUGUAGAGGUUGGCAAGCUCCUCCCUACCUUGCGCUCCUUUGAGCUUCCAGACGGAGGUAAAGUCGAAGCCGACUUUGUGGUCAUGGCCACGGGCGGUAAGCCCAACACCUCGCUAGUGAAGCAAGACCACCCUGAAGCACUCAACGACAUGGGUCUCAUCAAGGUCGAGCCCACCACUCUACGAGUUCUGGACCCCAAGCUAGGAAAAUACUUUGCAAUGGGUGACUGCAGUGAUUCCCCUGGACCCAAUACCUACUUUGCCGUCAUGCAGCAAGCACCCGUAGUUGUUGCCCACAUGAACGCCUUGGCACAGGGUAAGGGUAAAGCGAGCAAGGCGUACAAGGAGCCAAUGAAUGUAAUGGUGGUGCCAUUUGGACCUUCUCAGGGACAUGGACAGAUUGGACCUUUUGUCAUGGGAUCUUGGGUCACUUCACUUGGAAAGGGAAAGACACUCUUUGUACCCGACUUUAAGAAGCUCUACAGGGUUUGAGCGGCCCGUCGGAGGGGGGCCGGAUGAGGAUUGGCGCGUACUUGACUUUUGUUGCGUGCGUGCCUUGUGAUACCUUUGUUGUGAUGUCUUUAUACAAGUUCCUUUCAAUGUCAUUCUCUCUCAAAGGUUGUCAGGUCCCCGACGAUCUGAUCUCUUGCC